AAUAAUAAUAAAUAAAAAUAAUAAUAAUAAUGGUGGCGGAGUGGAGGAGCUGUUAUUUGGAUGUAAUAUUGGUUCCUUUGGGGUCAUUGAUAAGCUGUGGAUAUCAUGCAUGGCUUUGGCACCGAGUUCGGACUCAGCCUUUCACGACUCUCAUUGGUAUUAACACUAAUGCUAGGCGUUUUUGGAUCUCUACCAUUUUACAGGAUAAUGAGAAGAAGAACAUCCUAGCCGUCCAAUCACUGAGGAACACGAUAAUGGGAUGCACCCUAAUGGCCACUACUUCCAUUCUCCUCUGUACGGGCUUAGCGGCAGUUCUCAGCAGUACGUACAGCAUAAAAAAGCCUUUAAACGACGCCGUUUACGGGGCCCACGGCGAAUUCAUGUUGGCCCUUAAAUACGUGACUUUGCUCACACUAUUCCUCUUCUCCUUCUUCUGCCAUUCCCUCUCCAUCAGAUUCAUAAACCAGGUUAAUAUUCUGAUCAACGUUCCCGCCGGCGCCACCGCCGUCACUCCCGAUUACAUCUCAGAUCUCCUCGACAAAGGCUUCCUUCUCAACACCGUCGGUAACCGCCUCUUCUACGGCGCCCUGCCGUUGCUUCUCUGGAUUUUUGGCCCUGUUUUGGUCUUCGUUUGCUCUGUUUCCAUGGUGCCUGUGCUUUACAAUCUCGACAUCGUUUGCUACGCCGCCGCCGGGAAACGGAAUACGCUCGCCGCCGGUGAGGCUAACGGUGAUCUGAAUAAUGUUUAGGGCUUCGUAAAUGGUUGAUUUGAUAUAUGUACGUAAAUUGAUCGGAGCGCUUAAUUUAGGGCAAGCUGGCUGUCUCUCGUAGGCUUUGAAAUAGACUUUUGAACGCGAAUAAUUGAUGUGCCAAAAUGUGUCUUAUUUCACCCUCAACCCUUUCUGUAAAAUUAUUUUACUUUUGUGUAUUUUAAGCUA